UGGUCGUCAUUGUCGUUUCGGUUUUAUUUCGGUUCAAAUUUUCGAGUUUUCAGAGCUAUCUUCUAAAAGAGAAAAAAAGCAUCAAUUUAUGUCAAAUUUGCAGCGGGCAAUUAUGAAGUCCCGUCUACCGCCUAUGUGUCCGAAUCCAAAGUUUCCCAAACCCACGGAUCGAGGAUUCCGCCGGCAAACAGACUACAAUCCGGUUUUAUGGAGUGAAUACUUUGCCGAACAUCGGGAUGUUGAGACUAAACAAGGAAAGUUUCGUGUUUAUCUUUCGAAGCAAACAGACGUGCCCGGUCCACUGCUAGUGUUACUACAUGGAGGUGGAUUUUCGGCACUUUCGUGGGCUCAUUUUAGUAUGGAAAUCACAAAAAUCAUUCACUGCCAAUGUUUGGCGAUCGACAUCAGAGGUCAUGGGGACACUUACACUUCAAACGAGGAUGAUUUAUCGGCUGAAACUUUGGCGCAGGACAUUGGGGAUGUGUUACAAAAUAUAUACGGCGAAUCUUCUCCGCCGAUCAUUUUGAUUGGCCAUUCGAUGGGAGGUGCUAUAUGCGUGCACGUCGCCUAUCUGAACAUUGUUAGUGCACUCAUCGGAAUCGUCGUGAUCGAUGUAGUCGAAGGAACCGCAUUGGAAGCAUUAGCCAGCAUGCAAAGUUUUUUGCGUUCCAGACCGAACACAUUUAGAAGCAUUCAACAUGCAGUGGAAUGGAGUGUACGUAGCGGUCAGAUCCGGAACAUUGAAUCGGCGCGGGUUUCUAUGCCGGGACAGAUUAUAAACAUCCAAACUGGGAAAUUGUCUACCAACGAGCUACCACUGCAAGAGGAAAACACCGGAGAGAGCACACGGUUCAGUAAUCCAAACGCUAUCGCAGAGGAUGCCGAACUACCCGCGCCAGUUACUGCGCCUCCUGCAUCAUCGUCUAGCAAUGCUAAAAAAUAUACUUGGCGUAUUGACUUGUCCAAGUCGGAGACUUAUUGGGAGGGUUGGUUUCAAGGACUGAGUCAAAAGUUUUUGGACGUGAGAGUUCCCAAGCUUUUACUACUAGCAGGAAUUGAUAACCUCGAUCGGGCUCUCACAGUUGGUCAGAUGCAAGGUAAAUUUCAAAUGCAAGUUCUGGCUCGAUGCGGUCAUGCUGUUCACGAAGACCGUCCACAUGAGGUGGCCGAAGUGAUUGCGACGUACUUACUCCGAAACAAAUUUGCUGAAGCUUCAGGUGACGGACAAUUUUUGAAACACCUUCCUGCUUGCUAGGUUGGCGGUAGUUCCGAUUUAGCUGGAAUUAAGCAACGAUCGACACGGAAUGUUCGGUGAUUCACUCCUACUCUUCGGAGUUCAAUGAGAUUUGCAAAAGUUUGGCUAGAUAAGUGUAUAAUUUUACAAUCAUAAAUUAUUUUCAUAAUAAUAUAGUCGGAUGUCAA